CGCACCCCACACACCUGGCUUUAAAGGAUAUGCUGGUGCCGCCCACUACUCACCUUAAAGGUGAAUCCGCACCAACAUACCACAAGUUUAAUUCCUUUUUUUCUCUAUCAUUUUGCUUCUGACUACAGCGAUGCUCCCUCAUUCAACUUCAGCUCUUCUCCUCUUAAGCAUCCUCCUACAUCACUCCUCUGUUCUGUCGUGUCGGAUCGGGACCCAAACAGAGUGUGAUGCUGCUCCUUUUGCACCAGGACACAACUUGGUGGGGGAAGGUUUUGAUAUAGUCACACUGGAGAGAAAAGGAGCUGAUGUGAUUGAUGUGAAGACUUACCUGAGCCCCAGCAAAACCUGUAAACUCUGCAGCAACCCUCUUCAAAACCAUGUCCUCCAAAAACUUCCAUCUUCUGUUGUGGACUGGAGUUACGUCAGUCAAUGCAGGCCUGACAUCCACAGCAAACUUCACACCUCUCUCAGCUCUCUGGUUGAGUCUUACACAUCCCAAGAUACCAAUGAUUGGUCGGUUGGCUUGAAGUUUGUGUUUGCCGGCCUAGUUGCGGGAGGAACCGGCUCCAAAGCCUACAAAUUUGCUUUACAAAGGAGCAAAGAGGAUCGCUACACUUUCAGCAUACACAGUGUCGCCUGCAGUCAUUAUGGUUUUAUAUUAUCAAACACACCUCCCUUAACCUUAAAAUUCAAAAGACGGUUAGACAUCCUUCCAUCUCACUACAACAUCUCCACUAAGAAUGAGUAUACAAAGCUCAUACAGACCUAUGGCACACACUACUUCAGAAUGGUUAAUCUUGGAGGGCGACUGAGACGACUGAUAUCUUCACGAAGCUGUUUGUCCUCCCUGAAUAGCUUAAAUGCAAGACAGAUCCACACCUGUUUAUCUAUGGGUGUUGCUGUUGGCUUGGGGAAGAUGAAAAUCUCUUCUGUCGAGAAAUCUUGCAGCAGUGUCCUACAAAACAAGGACUUUGCCACUGGCUACAGCUCUGGUCUCCACCAGCAUUUCACAGAGGUUUCAGGAGGAAAUGGUUGGUUGGGGGAGUUUUCAAUUUCCCAAAAUGAUUCCAUGGGCUUCAUGAACUGGCUAAAGAGCCUGAAAGAACAUCCAGGUGUUGUUUCGCACUCCCUUCGACCUCUCUAUCAGCUUGUGCCAAAUGAGCUUCAAAAGGCAGGGAUGAAAGCUGCUAUUGAGCAGUAUUUGAAGGACAAUGCUGUGAAGAAAUCAUCCCAAGAGCCACACUGUGAGGGCAGAACUCCUAAUGUGGCCUCUAACUGCUGCCCUCAGCACGCCUCAUGGGGAACUCUAUCAGUGACCAUUAUUCGAGGCUGGGAUCUAUUCGGAGAUGAUCUUUCACUAACAGAAAGCUAUGCCAAGAUGUACUAUGGUUCCAUACAACGCAAGACCCAAAUGAUCGAAUCCAAUGAUCCGAAGUGGAAUGCUUGGUUUAAUUUGGGCAAGGUUGACACAAACCUGGUUCUGAAGAUUGAGGUUUGGGAUGAAGAUCCGAAACAUGACGACCUUCUCGUUCACUGUGAGAAGUACCUGAGCCCUGGCACUCACACUUUCACGUGCACAGGAGGUUAUGGAAACGUCGAGGUUAAAUACACGCUGAAAUGUGAGCCAUAUCUGACUGGAGAAAUGUGCAGUCAUUAUAAACCAUCUCCCUUAGAGACAGUAGAUUGGUGAGUUUUGGGAAUUAAAGCAUUUCAUCACAUAAAAUUAACUCACUAAAUCUGGUAGAAACUCACAAUUUAUAUUUAAUUGCGCAACUUCAUUAAAGACCUAGCCAAAUAUGUAUUUCUCAUACAAUGAAAAAAAGUAAAGAUUCUGUGUAACAUUUAAUCACAAGAAAUAACUAUGCUUUAAUAUAUACAACCAGAAAUUGUGUUCCCUUUAAUGACAAUAAAAAUGUUGAAACUGCUACAAGUUG